AUGACCGUGAUAGGGAGGGCCAUCAUCGAGGAGGUGAUAGGGACAGAGACCGCGGUGCAGAGAGGUACGGAAGCAGGAGAGGAGAUGACCGCCAUGAACGAUACGGUCGUGGGGGAAGAGACCACGACGACCACCGACGCCCUCGACACGAUGAUGACCGACGAGGUGGGUACCGUGGACGGAGAGACGAGGAAGGGGGAGGAGGCUUCAGAGAUGACAGAGGCGGGGACCGUCGUCGAGGUGGUGGCGGUGGAGGCGGGGGAGGGGGCAAGCGUGAAGGCCCUGGCACGCCAGAGCGGCGAUCACCAACUCCCGAAGGCGCUGUGCCCCUGUCGCAAAGAAAACGCAAAGCAUCUGGCUGGGAUGUCCAUGCCCCAGGUUACGAGCAAUAUACCGCCAUGCAAGCGAAGCAAACAGGUAAGACACAUACGUUUGCUCCCCAAACUAGUCGUGCUAAGAAAUGUCUUCAUUCAAGGGAUGUUCAACCUUCCUGGUGCCAACCGAACGCAAAUCCCGCCUAUUCUAGGAAUCCCUGGGUUACCUCCCCCAAUGCCUGUUCAGACCUUUGGCAUGGGUAUCGGCGUUAAUCCGAACCUCUCCAGACAGUCGCGUCGUCUUUAUAUCGGCAGCAUCACCCCCGAUAUCACCGAGCAGAACUUGGCUGACUUCUUCAAUUCGAAGAUGAUUGAGAUGAGCAUCGGUACAGGUGGUCCAGGAAACCCAGUUCUCGCCGUUCAGUGUAAUUACGAAAAGAACUACGCCUUCGUCGAAUUCCGCAGCGCUGAAGAUGCCACCGCCGCUAUGGCUUUUGACGGCAUCAUUUUCAUUAACGGUCCCCUCAAAAUUCGCCGGCCCAAAGAUUACGGCGGCAUCGACAUGUCUUCCCCCAGCGUGCACGUACCUGGUGUCGUUUCUACGAAUGUUCCUGACUCGAUCAACAAAGUCUUUGUCGGUGGCCUUCCUGUGUACCUCAACGAAGAGCAAGUCAUGGAAUUGCUAAAGACGUUCGGCGAGCUCAAGGCCUUCAAUCUGGUUCGCGAGAACGGCAGUGGUCCUUCUAAGGGCUUCGCGUUCUUCGAAUACGUUGACCCAAACGUCACGGAUGUGGCCAUACAGGCUCUGAACGGCAUGGAGCUGGGAGACCGCUACCUCGUGGUACAACGUGCAUCUGUUGGUGCCAAACCAGGAACACCCGGCAUGAUUCCCAAUCUUCCAUACGACCAAUUCCCGGAAAUCCCCAGACCCAUCAUGCCAGCCGGCGAGAGCAACGGCCAAGAUGCUCGCAUUCUACUCAUGCUCAACAUGGUCACAUCUGACGAUCUGAUUGACGACGGCGAGUAUGGCGAUUUGUACGAGGACGUCAAGGAAGAGUGUUCGAAAUUCGGACCGGUUGAAGACCUUAGGAUUCCUCGUCCAAUUAAGCGGGACAAGUCUAAGUGGGGCGGCGAAGGGCUGAACCCUCAGGAUGCGACAAGGGCCGACGAGGCUGCGGGCGUUGGGCGUGUGUAUGUCAAAUACUACGACGCGGAGAGCGCGAACAAGGGUCUGAAGAGUUUAGCUGGGCGAUCAUUUGCAGGGCGAUCUAUCAUCGCCACCAUUCUGAGCGAGGAUAGCGCGACCACGCCACCCCUCAAUCUCAUUUUCGCCCCUCAGCCUGACGCUCCCCCACCCCUGCCUUCGUCUUGA